GAUUAUGAUCCUUCUUGGUGGGGACUACAGAGGAUCAGGGGUGACAAAAACAGUGAGCUUCAUGACUAUCUCCUGGGGUACCUCACCCUGGGAUCUGAAUCUCAGGUCUCUGAGGGCUGUAAAUCAGUCUGCUCAUACUACCUGUUCAGGGCUGAGAACAAGGGGUGGGGAGGUUCUAAGAGAGGCACCCCAAGCAGACAAUGGUGAGCAUGGGGUUCAGCUACAUCCCCAGCUGCAGGUGGCAUGUUUCCAUGGCCGCCGGCAGCACCACAUAUAUACAUGUCCCUCACAUACAGCCCCCCCAGGCCCAAGCUAUACUUGGGGGCUACCAGGGGUCUCAGGUGGUAUCUGAGCAACUUCAGCUUAGCAGGCAGGCCCGGACCUGCCCAGAAAUUUUUGGAAUAGCUGGAAGCAGUACAAACACACAGCUACUGCUUAGACACCCCUUCCUGCCCCCCACAUUCCCAUAGUUCUUUGGGAAUUGCCCUUAAACGAGGCUUUGGGGAACACUAAAGAGUGCCUGGCACCAGAUUGUCCCUUUCCAGUGCAUUUGGGAAUUUGGAAGAGAGGGUGUUCCUAUCUCAACUUUAUCGAAGAGGAAACCAAGGCAGCACAGAAAGGAUAAGUAAGUUGUCCAGGGUCACACGGGGAAGGCCAGGGAUCCAAGCCAGGCUGCCAGCCUUCUUUCUGAGCAUCAAGAGCCAAACUGCAAACCCCAUAUAGUCUUCUGUAGUUUAAGGCUCGUGCUGCAUCCCUGGGUGCAUCCUGGGAGGGAUUGGGACCCAGAGGACAAGUUGGGAACCUGUAGCUUAGCAACUAUACCUGGCUCUGGUGUAUCCUGAGACCCAGGUUUGCCCCUUCUCAUCGGAUGACCGUGCCUCUGAAUCUUUACUUUCCGUGUUACUAAGUGGGUCUGUAGUAUCUGCUGGAAUGUUGCUGUGAGCAGUACCUGUGAGGCAACCGUUGGGAAGUCUCUGCCCUGGAGUUAUGACUGAAGGGACAAAGGACUGGCUAGGUCUUGGAAGACCAUCCAGAGGCAUUUUGGGGCAACUGCUGUGUGCUUACCUUCAUGAUUUCUAUAUACUAGUGUGGUCUUCUCAGAUAAGGCAAUAAUGAUGGCGCAGGGUGCACUACAUGAGUUUAGAAUAUUUAUAACUUAUUUCUGACCUACUUCCACAAAAGGAUUGGAAGAGAGAUGCAAUAAAAGUGCCUCCACGUAGGAUUGCUACUGUUAGAAAUAUCAGAACCAUGUACAGAAAAGGGACAAGGACUCAGAUGAGGCAGGUGGUAACUGCAUAUCAGGCGUUAAUUUACCUUGGAGAUUCCUGGAACUCAAGGCAGAAAGAAAUAAGAUAUGCUCUAUAGCCGCCAUUUUCUGACAAAGCAUCUGACUUACUCAGGGGAGACACUUUUUGGUCACAAAAAUCCAAGAGUAAUUUUUAGAGGUUUCUCACUGAAGGCUGUCUUUGCAACAGACAAUGUUACUGGGUUAUCAGAUUUUUCUUGUAGCUCUUUAUUCUGACCCUGAACAAGCAUCAAGGCACAGCAGAUGUCAUCAAGUGUCAAGAAGGACAUGCAUCAUGGAUUUCAUGAGGCUUUACCAUUGCUGGAUGGGCUAGUGACCCUUUUGGUGUAGCUCACUCUGUAAGCUACCUGGCCCACUAAGCUAGUCCAAUUUACCAGAUGAGGUGUUGUGGGGGGAAAAGGCUGACUUUGUCUUGGACUUGUCAUCAGGACGCCUUACCUAUCAGUCUUCUUCGGAAAUAAAGACUCCAUAGAACAGCACCUGCUCAGUGCUUGUUGGCUCAGAGAAGGCAAGAUAAGUCUCAUACGGUUGGCAAGACGUCAGAUGGAGGAGGAAGCAUCAUUCAGCAUUCUUUGCUGCAAAGCAAGGGAAAUGAAUUGUGGGCUAUUUAAACAGAAACGGUUGGCAGGUAGCUCUCACAAAACCAGGCCUGGUGGGUACAUAGCCAGAAUACUCUGCUAGUCUGAGUAGGUGAUGACACUAAGGUUACCACCUCCAUUGUUGGACACCAGGCCAACACUGCUGCCACAGUCGCUGCCAUCCAACACCACCUGGCUCCUCUGGACCAAAAUGCCAGUUCCCAAGUUGCUGUGAAGCCCUAAGCCAGUGCCACAGUUGCCAGGACAUGGUAACCACAGAGAGAGCAGCCCUUUCCUGUGUUCCUUGGAGAGUUCCAGAGGAAGUGACUACUAUGACAGGAACCUGGCACUGUUUGAGGAAGAGCUGGACAUCCGCCCAAAGGUAUCAUCUCUCCUGGGCAAGCUUGUCAGCUACACCAACCUCACACAGGGUGCCAAGGAGCAUGAGGAGGCUGAGAGUGGGGUGGGCACCCGCCGGAAAGCAGCCAAGGCACCCAGCAUGGGCACCCUCAUGGGAGUGUACCUGCCCUGCCUGCAGAAUAUCUUCGGGGUCAUCCUCUUCCUGCGGCUGACCUGGAUGGUGGGCACCGCUGGUGUGCUGCAGGCCCUCCUCAUUGUGCUCAUCUGCUGCUGCUGUACCCUGCUGACGGCCAUCUCCAUGAGUGCUAUCGCCACCAACGGCGUGGUUCCAGCUGGGGGCUCCUAUUUCAUGAUCUCCCGCUCACUGGGACCAGAAUUUGGAGGUGCUGUGGGCCUGUGCUUCUACUUGGGAACAACAUUUGCAGCAGCCAUGUAUAUCUUAGGAGCCAUUGAGAUCUUGCUGACCUACAUUGCCCCACCAGCUGCCAUUUUUCACCCAGCCAGCACUCACGACACAUCGAGUGCCACGCUGAACAAUAUGCGGGUGUAUGGGACCAUUUUUCUGACCUUUAUGACCCUGGUGGUGUUUGUUGGUGUGAAGUAUGUAAACAAAUUUGCCUCCCUCUUCCUGGCUUGUGUGAUCAUCUCCAUCCUCUCGAUCUACGCUGGCGGCCUCAAAUCUAUUUUUGACCCUCCUGUGUUUCCGGUAUGCAUGCUGGGCAACAGGACCCUGUCCCGGGACCAGUUUGACAUCUGUGCCAAGACGACCGUGGUGGACAAUGAGACCAUGGCCACCCGGCUGUGGAGCCUCUUCUGCCUCAGCCCCAACCUUACUGCUGAUUCCUGUGACCCCUACUUCCUGCUCAACAAUGUGACUGAGAUCCCUGGCAUCCCCGGUGCAGCUGCUAGUGUGCUCCAGGAAAACCUGUGGAGCACCUACCUGGAGAAGGGUGAGGUUGUGGAGAAGCACGGGCUGCCUUCCACAGACGCCCUUGGCCUGAAGGAGAACCUGCCGCUGUUCGUGGUAGCAGAUAUUGCCACAUCCUUCACCGUGCUGGUCGGAAUCUUCUUUCCCUCUGUAACAGGCAUUAUGGCCGGCUCAAACCGCUCUGGGGACCUCCGAGAUGCCCAGAAGUCCAUCCCAGUAGGGACCAUUCUGGCCAUCGUUACAACCUCCCUCGUGUACUUCAGCAGCGUGGUCCUCUUUGGCGCCUGCAUCGAGGGUGUGGUGCUGCGGGACAAGUACGGCGACGGCGUCAGCAGGAAUCUGGUGGUAGGCACACUGGCCUGGCCUUCACCCUGGGUCAUUGUCAUCGGCUCCUUCUUUUCAACCUGCGGCGCCGGCCUGCAGAGCCUCACUGGGGCACCUCGCCUGUUGCAGGCCAUCGCCAAGGACAACAUCAUCCCCUUCCUCCGGGUUUUUGGCCACGGGAAGGCAAAUGGUGAACCAACGUGGGCCCUCCUCCUGACGGCACUCAUCGCUGAGCUGGGCAUCCUCAUUGCCUCCCUUGACAUGGUGGCCCCCAUUCUAUCCAUGUUCUUUCUGAUGUGUUACUUGUUUGUGAACCUGGCCUGUGCUGUGCAGACGCUCCUGAGGACCCCCAACUGGCGGCCACGGUUCAAGUACUAUCACUGGACACUGUCCUUCCUGGGCAUGAGCCUGUGCCUGGCCCUUAUGUUUGUCUCCUCCUGGUAUUAUGCCCUGGUCGCCAUGCUCAUCGCGGGCAUGAUCUACAAGUACAUCGAGUACCAAGGGGCUGAGAAGGAGUGGGGUGAUGGGAUCCGAGGCCUGUCCCUAAGUGCUGCCCGCUAUGCACUGCUGCGGCUUGAAGAGGGGCCUCCGCAUACCAAGAACUGGCGGCCUCAGCUGCUGGUCCUGCUGAAGCUGGACGAGGACCUUCACGUGAAGUACCCGCGGCUCCUCACCUUUGCUUCCCAGCUUAAGGCUGGCAAGGGCCUGACCAUCGUCGGUUCUGUCAUCCAGGGCAGCUUCUUGGAGAGCUAUGGCGAGGCCCAGGCCGCUGAGCAGACAAUCAAGAACAUGAUGGAGAUUGAGAAAGUGAAGGGCUUCUGCCAGGUGGUGGUAGCCAGCAAGGUGCGUGAGGGGCUAGCUCACCUCAUCCAGUCUUGCGGCCUGGGCGGCAUGAGGCAUAACUCCGUGGUGCUCGGCUGGCCCUAUGGCUGGCGGCAGAGUGAAGACCCACGUGCCUGGAAGACUUUUAUUGACACUGUGCGCUGCACCACGGCUGCCCACCUGGCCCUGCUCGUGCCCAAGAACAUCGCCUUCUACCCCAGCAACCACGAGCGCUACCUGGAGGGCCACAUCGACGUGUGGUGGAUUGUGCAUGACGGCGGCAUGCUCAUGCUUUUGCCCUUCCUGCUGCGCCAACACAAGGUGUGGAGGAAAUGCCGGAUGCGCAUCUUCACAGUGGCGCAAAUGGACGACAACAGCAUCCAGAUGAAGAAGGAUCUGGCCGUCUUCCUGUACCACCUGCGCCUCGAGGCGGAGGUGGAGGUGGUAGAGAUGCAUAACAGCGACAUCUCCGCGUACACCUACGAGCGAACUCUGAUGAUGGAACAGCGGUCCCAGAUGCUGCGGCAGAUGAGGCUGACGAAGACGGAGCGGGAACGGGAAGCCCAGCUGGUCAAGGACCGGCACUCGGCCCUGCGGCUGGAAAGCCUGUACUCGGACGAGGAGGACGAGUCCACGGCUGGGGCCGACAAGAUCCAGAUGACGUGGACGCGGGACAAGUACAUGGCGGCCGAGCCCUGGGACCCCAGCCACGCCCCUGACAACUUCCGGGAGCUGGUGCACAUCAAGCCGGACCAGUCCAACGUGCGCCGCAUGCACACCGCGGUGAAGCUCAACGAGGUCAUCGUCACGCGCUCGCACGAUGCCCGCCUGGUCCUUCUGAACAUGCCCGGCCCACCCAAGAACAGCGAGGGUGAUGAGAACUACAUGGAGUUCCUGGAGGUGCUGACUGAGGGCCUCGAGCGGGUGCUGUUAGUUCGCGGCGGUGGCCGUGAAGUCAUCACCAUCUACUCCUGAGUCCAGUGCAGACGUGUGGCCUAGCGUGGAGGUGUCCAGGGUAACAGCUUCCUCCCAUCAUCUCCCCCACCCCUGUGCCUGGGCAGCCCUGGACCCAGCUCGGCUUGGUCUCCACAGAGCCUGGACCUGGGCCUGGCGAUGGAAAUGAAUCGGAGGUCCAGCAGGACCCUGAGGCUUGGGGGCUUUGUCCGUCAGCACCCUAGAAGGGCCGCUCUGACCGGAGACUGGUGGGGACUUACGCGGGGUUGAAGGCAGCCGGCCCAGGAGCGCUAUUUAUUGCAUAUUUAUUGUUUGGAUGUCACCACCAGAGAGAGGGGGAGAGGCAGUACGGGAGGGGGGUCUGACCCAGCCUCCCUGCAGGAAGACCUGGCUCAGGCUACUGUGGGCAGGGAUCCCCACCAGGCUGAGCAAAAUGGAGCCGGCCAGCCUAGGCCUGACUUUUUUCAAUAAAACAUUGUGUUCUUCUGGGC